AUGGCCAAUCAGGAGCGUCACAAGUUUUGCAUCAUUAUCGGUGCUGGUCCCGGUGGCUUGAUCCAGGCGGCAGAGCUGUUGCGUCAAAAAGUUUUGCAAGCAAAGGACAUACAAAUCCUUGAGAGAAACGAUGAUUAUGGUGGCGUCUGGAAAAGAGCGACGUACCCUGGGGCCGCUUGCGAUGUAUUCAGCUGCCUCUACCAAGUCAGUUGGCAUCGAAACCCGGACUGGCAGUGUCUCUUUCCGAGUCGCUCAGAGCUCAUUGAAUACUACAAAAACUUCGCCAAGCAUUACGGCCUUUCCGCAUGCACGUCGUUUGGACAACAUGCCGUGCGGGUGACAUGGGCUACGGAGAAAUCGCUAUGGAUUGUUGAAACAAAAGACUCUGAGUCUAGAAAUUACAGGCGGUGGACUUCUCGUGUCUUGGUCCAGGCCGUUGGGACCUUCAGCCAAAAACAUACACCUGCAAUUGCUGGACUAGAUCGGUUCAAGGGGGAAGUGUGGCACGCGGCAGACUGGCCCGAGGACUACGACUUCACGAACAAGACUGUGGCAUACGUGGGAACUGGUCCAACACUGGUGCAGGCGUUACCACACAUGCAAGCGAAGGCCAACCUGGUCCAUGUGUUUUGCAGGAGCAUGGCCUACUGCCAACCGAUGCCCAACUUUGAGUAUCCUUUAUGGGCAAGGCGGGCCUUCCGGUGGACUCCCGCCCUGCUUCGUAUCUAUGCCUUCAUUCUUGCAAGCGCCUUCUUUAUUUGGCUAUACUUUGCCUACAGGCCCGGGUCGUGGACCGCCAGGCUAACAGAAAGGGGUUGCCGCUGGUAUCUUUACCGAGAGGUAUCCGACGAACACCUCCUCAGCAUAUUGACCCCCGCAGGUCGAUUUGGAUCCAAGAGGCCGCUAGUCUCGUACUCGGGAUUCUUUAAAGCCUUGCAGAAAGACAAUGUUCGGGUGAUCAACUGCCCCAUUGUUGCCAUGGACGAGUUUGGUCUUAUUGUGGAAACACCAAGAUCCAGCGAUUCCAAGAGGCGUAUAGAGACCAUUCAUGUGCAAGCAGACGUACUUAUUUGGGGAACUGGCUUCAAGGUGCAGGAAUGGGGUGGAACAGUGCCUACGAUAGGGCGUACAGGUGAAACACUCCGUGAGCACUGGGAUCAUUAUCCAAACACACUUUACGGAACCAUGACAUCGGGAUUCCCCAAUCUCUUUUUCAUCAACGGCCCCAACACCACGCCACCUUGGGCAAGCCCAAUUCAGGGAUUCGAAUUACAAGCGGCCUUGAACACCAAAGCCAUCCGACAUAUCCAUCAGCGAUCCCUCAAGUGCCCAAUCUACUCUCUCGAGCCUCGCAAAGAAAAGGAGGAGGCUUGGACAGAAGCAAUAAAAGCGCAUCUGAACAAGCUCGCUACUAGUCCCAGCCAUGACCCUACAAACUACUAUCUCAAUAAACAGGGCCAGAAUACUUUCUUUUGGCCGUGGUCCCACACGUAUUACUGGUGGAAGACUGGUGAACGUCACAGCGGAAACGAGUGCGUUGAUUGUGCAAGGUAG